AUGGCUGGAAGGAAUGAUGCUGCAAUUACUGCUGCUUUGGAGGCGAUGGCUCAGGCUAUGGAGAAUCAGCCGAACACUGAUGAGAAUGCUGCAUCCAAGAGUUUGGCGACUUUCCAGAGGGAGAAUCCGCCUGUCAUCAAGGGAACUUACGAUCCUGAUGGCGCGUUGACUUGGUUGAAAGAGAUUGAGAAAAUCUUCCGCGUGAUGGAUUGCACUCCAGCGCAGAAGGUUCGGUAUGGAACCCAUAUGCUGGCAGUCGAAGUUGAUAACUGGUGGCUAGAGACUCGUCAGAGAUUGGAGACUGCAGGUGAGGGGACCACUUGGGUCGUAUUCCGUAGGGAAUUCAUGAGGAAGUAUUAUCCUAAGGAUGUUCUAGGAAAGAAGGAAAUUGAAUUUCUCGAGCUGAAGCAGGGGAAUAAGUCGGUCGUUGAGUAUGCUGCGAAGUUUUUUGAGUUAACUAAGUUUUACCCGCACUAUAGCGAGGCGACUGCUCAAUUUUCGAAGUGCAUCCAGUUUGAGAAUGGAUUGCGCUCUGAGAUCAAGAAGGCAGUUGGUUACCAGAAGAUUUGA